AUGACUGAAACUGAAUCACCCACAAAUCCUGUAAAAAAUGGACCAGAUUUUUCUGCAACAGACUUUGGAAAAUUAUAUUCUAGGUCCCAAUAUAUUGAAAAAGUGAAUGAAUCUUCAAUUCCACAGCAUGACAUAAAUUCUUCAAAUACUAAUAUUCCUUCACAAACCCAACCUUCCGAGUGGCAUGAUAACGAUUCAAAAGAAAAAAUAGAGCAAAAUUUUCAAUUUAAAACUUCAGAUGAAAUAUCGGUUGAACAACCAAAACUAAUUGAAGUUAAUGAUAUCGAAAUUGAAGAUAAUUUUGACGAUUGUCAUUGUCAAAAAAUCAGUGUAAUGCCAGGUACCGCGGCUUGUAAUAAUUGCGAUAGAGUUAUACCUAUACUAGUCGACUUAAAUAGGAAAAGACUGCAAUUACUUGAUGAUUUAGAAGAAGCAAAUAUUAGGAAAAAGGAAGGAUUUGAAAAAGUUGAACGACAAAAUGAUGAGAUUGAAAAUUUAGGAAAACGAAUUAUGGAAUUGGAAGAUCAACUUGACUCCAAAGUUGAUGAAUUUAGUUCUUUACAGGAUGAUAUGAAUACUCUUAAUGAAAAAUAUGUAAAGGUUAUUGAUAGAGUAGCGGAAUUACAACAUUCCAAAGAUAUGGUAGAGAGUGAACUUGAAGAAUUAAGUCGCUCUCUUUUUGAGCAAGCAAACGGUAUGGUAGCUUCAGAAGCAAAACAGAGACAUGAAUUGGAAAUUCAACAAAAGAUUUUAGAAAAACAACUUUUAGAGACACAAGAACGGUUAUCAGCUGAAAGUAUGCAACUUAAAGAGUUAAGAGAAAAGAUGGAAGGACAAGAACAACCACAAGCAGAAAGUAAACGUUCAAGUUCUAGUGAUCCAUCAUUUAGAGCUAGCAUUGAUUUUGCAGAAUUAUUUGGACUUCGUGAGAAAUCACCAGAAGCAGCAGCAAGCUUACCGGGACCAACUGGAGAAGAUGGAAUGGGGAUAGAUACAGAAUUAUUAGCGGAAUUUAAAGAAUUUGUUGAAUCGAGCAUGGGUGUACGAUUACAAAGAAUACAUACUAUUCCAUUCAUGAAGCAUUGUUUGGAGGAAGAUGUCGAUCCUUGUAUGAGAUUUGGUAAUAAUCCACGAGUUUCACCACGUAAAAUAAUUGAAGCUAUUGUUGCUAAUACAUGUUUUAUUGAGGAAGCACCGCCAGGAGCAGAAAAAGAGUUGGCACUUAAUCCCAAUUCACCUGUUCGCAAUACAGCAGCUAGACCAGCAUUAUGGGAUCGUAUUGCAGGAAAUCCAACUUAUCCAAGAACAGGAUGUCAAUGUUGUGGUCGACCAGGACCUUUACCAUUUCAAUAUCGUAUAACUAAUUUAGAUGAUUGGUCACUUAUUGAUCGUUAUUGUCGUGAUCGAUUAGUGGCAGUGUGUGAAUUUUAUGUAUUUAUUCGUAAUGUUCGUUCAGGUUUAUAUAAUAAUCGCCUUAUAAGUGAUCUAUAUUCAGAAUGUUUAAGAUUACGCCUACAAAUGUUUUAUGCAAGAUUAGGAGCAUUGCCAUCAAUGCUUAAUACACUUGGAAUUAAAGGUACAGAAUUAGCAUCAGCUAAAAAACCUACAUAUAUGCUAGAAAACCCAACUAUGAUUAACCAAGAAGAGCCAUUUUCGGUAAACAUGUCUAAUGAACCAGAAGAAAUAGUAGCAGUUUCACCACCAUUAAGAGAAUUGAAUCUUCAUAAUUCAAACAUAAAUCAGCAGGAUACACUACCAAAAGUUGUGGUGAUUGAACCCUCCAGACCUAAUUCAUCAACAAACAUUGAAAUUGAAAAUACGGGAUAA